GCGCCUACCUCCUCUCUCCAGAGCUACAAGUCAUUGGGCAGCAGGGAAGAGCAGCAGCAGUGGCGGGGGUGUCAGCUCCCAGUGGAGUGGGGGGCGGGCGGGCGGUGUCUGGCUCUACUACCGAGGGCUGGGCCGCUGCAGCCUGGGUGCAGGGCCUGGAGAGAGCUGGGAUCUCCUGGAUAACACCGGAGAUAGCUCUUGCCUGGGCAUGCCCGAAAGCCGGCCCCACCUGGGAGCCGUCAUCCUGGAGAGAAGCCCGAGGCAUCAUGCCCUCGCCAGUCGUACCUGGCGUACCCACGCCACUCCUGAGCUCCAGACCUCCGCCUGCCUGCACCUGGGCCGACGGAGGAAGGAGAGGAGGGUGGCAGACCCAACCAGGACCGACAGCCACCCCCCCCCCUCGAUCCCGCUGACCCUGGAGAUCCGAACCCUGACCGAGGAGCGGCAACGCGACUCCGGAGCCUCCAAGCUGCUGAGUGAAGGAGUGCCGAAAGGGGUUGCCCUGCGCCUGUGGCCGGGUCUGAUCGCUGACAACAACAUCCACAAGGGAGGGAUAUCCCGCAAGGGGGCGGACCCCAUCAUCUGUCUCUCUCGCUCAUACACUCAGUGUAACAGAAUACACAGCGGUUUGCGUUCCGGCAUCGUGGUCCUUGGCAACGGGAGGGGUUCCAUCCGUAGCAACCAGAUCUAUAACAACAAGGAGGCGGGAGUCUACAUCCUGUUCAACGGGAACCCUGUAGUCAGUGGUAACCAUAUCUUCCAGGGUCAGGCAGCAGGGAUAGCUGUGAAUGAGAACGGCAGAGGGGUGAUAGUCGAGAAUGUGAUCAGGGGAGAACCAGUGGGGGGUGCAGACAUCAGGCGGGGAGGCGACCCGGUCCUCAGGAACAACUACAUCUGUAAUGGCUACUCUGACGGGGUGGUGGUGGGGGAGAGAGGCCGGGGGCUCAUAGAAGGGAACCACAUCUACAGCAACAAGGGCUGUGGUGUGUGGGUGAUGUCCUCCAGCCUCCCUCAGCUGUUGGGAAACUACAUUACCCAUAACCGCAUGUACGGGCUGGCCGUGUUCUGCCGGAAGGACCCUGAUGGGGACGGGACCAGGAAGUGGGGCAGGAGGGUGGAGGAAGGAGGAGGACAGGAGAACUUCCAUGAGGAAGGAGAGCUGCUGGCGUGGGAAGGUGACCUUGACAGCGAGGACGAACGGAACUGCAUUAGCCGCAAUGGAGCGGUUGGUUUGUACGUGAAGAGCAGUGAACCACUGAAUGUCGUUGCUAACCUAGUGAACGGUAACCGUGGCGCCGGUGUUGCCGUGCUACAGAGUGGUCAGCUGACUCGACUAGUUGCUAACCGCGUCCAUGGAAACGGUCGUGGUGGCGUCACCGUGGAGAGGGAGUGUCGGGUGGAACUCCGCGGCAACGGUGUGUAUGACAACGGCGGCCAUGGCGUUAGUUUCCGGGGCGAUGGACAGGUGGUGGAAAACGACGUGGUGGGUAACCGUGGUUACGGGAUACGGUUGACGGACAGCGCCGACGUCAAGGUGUUGCGUAAUCGAGUCCAGCCGGUGCAGGGGUGUGGCAUCGCUGUGCUGGGGCCGGCAAAGGCCGUCGUCCACGACAACCUGGUGUUCCAAGGUCACCCCGGCAACGUCAAACCCCCGAUACACCAUGGCAAUGACAGCAGCGUGCUGCGCAACAACAGCGUGACAUGUCCCUCUUCCCCUCCCUGGGUUUUGGAGAACCCUCCCCGCCCCCUCUCUGACCGUCCUUCAUCGCUCCCCUCCUCCUCCUCCUGUCACCCCUCCCACUUUGCCAUCUCCAUGACUACCAGGAUCACCGCCACCGUCGAGAGCGGUUGCCAUAACAACGGCAGCGUCUUCUGCACCAUCCUCUGAGGCCCUAGCAAAACCCCGUCCUGACAACAGAUUGGAUGACCUCCUCACCGGGGCGGGGGGUGGGGUCAAGACUUCAGUUCAGCCCUGACCUCUCCUGACUCGAGACAUUCUUUUUUUUUUCUCUAAGAACAUUCCAGUGGCAUUUUGAUCUAGAACACUUGGAACACAGAACGGUUCUAGAACGUCGUCCUCCCCGGGGGUUCUAGAAGUGUCAUUGAGAUCCCCUCGACUGGAGGAGCUGGUCAGGUGACAUCAGUUCGAUACAGAACCAACUCUUGACUAUACCAUGUUUAACCACUGUGACUGGUGUGGUAUCAUGGACGGUAUUCAGCUGUGACUGGUGUGGUAUCAUGGACGGUAUUCAGCUGUGACUGGUGUGGUAUCAUGGACGGUAUUCAGCUGUGACUGGUGUGGUAUCAUGGACGGUAUUCAGCUGUGACUGGUGUGGUAUCAUGGACGGUAUUCAGCUGUGACUGGUGUGGUAUCAUGGACGGUAUUCAGCUGUGACUGGUGUGGUAUCAUGGACGGUAUUCAGCUGUGACUGGUGUGGUAUCAUGGACGGUAUUCAGCUGUGACUGGUGUGGUAUCAUGGACGGUAUUCAGCUGUGACUGGUGUGGUAUCAUGGACGGUAUUCAGCUGUGACUGGUGUGGUAUCAUGGACGGUAUUCAGCUGUGAC